UCAUUGAAUCCUCACAUCACGUGUAAGAUAUGUCGAGGAUAUCUCAUCGACGCCACCACUGUUACCGAAUGUCUUCAUACGUUUUGCAAGAGUUGUUUAGUGAAACACUUGGAGGAACACAACUCGUGUCCCACGUGUGAGAUAGUCAUACAUCAAUCACAUCCACUCCAAUACAUCAGUUUCGACCGCACAAUGCAAGACAUCGUCUAUAAGUUGGUCCCAAAUCUACAACAAAAUGAGACCAAACGAGAGCGUGAUUUCUACCGCCGACGCGGUCUUCCGUACCCGAAGGCCAACACCGAUAAGGUUUGCGAGAAAGAUGUCUACACUUUCCCCACAAACACGACCACCAAAGAGGAGAACAGCGAUUGUCACCGAAGCGACGAACAGGUGAACAUUCUUCUGGAGACCACCAAUCAAACCAAUCACAUGAAGUCUAUGAAACGCAAAUUCAUCCGAUGCUCAGCUCAGGCGACGGUCACUCAUCUCAAGAAAUUUGUGGCCAAAAAGUUGUUCAAUAAUUUAGAUCGUUAUAAAGAGGUUGAGAUAUUAUGUAACGAAGAGAUAUUAGGAAAGGAUCACACCUUGAAGUUUGUUUGU